AUGCGCCGCAGCCUUUUGGUCUUUCUCCUGGUGGCCCUGGUCAUUAUUUUUCUGCUCAUUCGCAGUGUCUGGACACUUCUAUCGCUACUCAUCGAAGAUGGCUCCGCCGAUGCGAUUCAUCGCGCUGAGAUGCCCCGGCUGAACUCCAGCUUUACCGACCAACGACCCCAGACCAUCCCCAAGAUUAUCCACCAGACCUACAAAAAUGAGACUAUCCCCGACAUCUGGAUCGACGCCCAGCAAAGCUGUGUUAACCUGCACCCGGACUACGAAUAUAUUCUGUGGACGGAUGCAAAGUCGCGCCAAUUUAUUGCUGCUGAAUAUCCCUGGUUUCUCGAGACUUUUGAUGGCUACAGAUAUCCUAUUCAACGUGCAGACUCGAUCCGUUAUUUUGUACUGGCGCAUUACGGCGGAACUUAUAUCGAUUUGGAUGACGGCUGUAAUCGUCCGUUAGAUACUUUGCUCACGUACCCUGCAUGGGUUCGUCGCACUGUACCUACUGGUAUAUCCAACGAUGCCAUGGGCUCGGUGCCCCAGCACCCAUUCUUCUUGAAAGUGAUUAAAUCACUCCAGCAGUAUGACCGCCACUGGGUCCUCCCCUAUAUCACUGUCAUGUACUCGACCGGGCCACUGUUCCUCUCAGUCAUCUGGAAAGAAUACAUGAAGGAUUUCCCGUCCGAGAUCAGCCGCGUCCGCAUCCUCAUGCCGGAUGAGUACAUGAACCACUCGUGGAGUUUCUUCACCCACCACACUGGAAACAGCUGGCACCGCAACGACGCGCGUUUCAUUUUCUGGAUGGGUCAACACUGGCAACUUGUCACCCUGUGUGGCUUCCUUUUUGCCGCUGCCGCCGUUGUCUGCGUCUUCUGGACGUAUACUCAGAUCAUGCUCCUACGGGACCAUGCCACGGUCUCUUCCGGUCUACGGUCCUCUUCGCGGCGGUCGCGUUAUAUGAUGCCCUCGUUGCUCUGGAGGGGAAGCAGUAAAGGGGGCGAUGACAUCGAGACUCUAUGCGAGCUGGAGCGCCGUGAUGACUGA